AUGACCACUCUAUCACAAAACGCGUUUUCUUCCACCUCCUCCUCGAAUAGCAAUCAAAUCAGCGGAAGCGAUGAAGAUGAAGAAGACAGUAGAGACGGCGAUGAGGACGACGUUGAGGAAAAAUACAUUGGUGGUAGCACCACCACCGCGGAUGACUUCCUCUCCUCGUCUCCGUCCGUGGCGUCUGUGUGUGCGCUGACGGACAUUCUCCCGCGGGACCUUUACUUGCACGUCUGCAGCUUCCUCAGUGAGGCGGACUGUUGUACUCUUCUGGAAGUGAGUCUGCGCAUGCACGCAGCCAUCACAUGCGCGGACAGCUACGUGUGGCGCCGGCUGUGCAUGAACACGUGGAAGUGCAAGCAGGGAUUCCAGACCUUUCUUCAGCGUGUCCGCGCGCUGGAAGGGCUGGCGCGCCGCGAGGAGCUGGAAGUGCAGGCGCUGCAGCAGCACAUGCUACUCGUACGAGAGCAGGACACCUUUCUCGGUGAGUCGGACGUGUCGGCGACGUGCGAUGAUGCAACGGUGCUCAUACGCCGCCGUCAGCACGAACGGGCGCAGUGGAUGGCGGCAGCAGCAGCAGCAACUUCGCUCGGCUCGCCGUCAUUCGGCGGUAAUAAUGCCACUUCCGCGGCGGCAGGCCUCAAUCGCGCCCGCCGCAGCACGGCGGUGAGCAGCUCUACCAGCAGCAGUACCAGCAGCGAAACGCUUUCGAACAGCGACGAAGACGACGAAGAAAGGGAGCACCAAUGGGAUGAAGGGACACCGCGCAGGAGGCGGGGACGCAAGAGUAACCGCCGUCGCACGUCGACGAAAGACACCCACCGGAGCAGCACGGCGGCGGCCACCGCCUCAACGUCGCGGCGCAGCGGCAAGCAGUCGUCCUGUGCGAAGGGAGCGACGAGCUCCGCGUACUCGGGGGUGAAUGGAACGACGGAGCGAUCACGCACGUCGGCAUCCCGGUCGCACUCGGCACCGUCCCAGAGUCACCAGCAACACCGCAGCCUUUCUCUUUCCAAAUUCUCUGAAACACCGUCGUCGUCGGUGGCGGCGCACAGCGAGAAACUGUCCCGUACUCCUCCUGACGCAAAUCGAUCUCGGUCUCUAACUCAACGCGCAGCUCAGGGGGACUCUUGUGCCGUCAGUAAUGCUGCUUCUGCGCAAUUGCCAGCGGAGAAGCAGCUGCCGCUGCCGGCGAAUAGUAGUACUUUUGCAGCGGCAAUGCCUGUUCAUGAGGAAGCCGAUGACGGUCCCGAACCUCCUUUUCCACGUGUGCGCGGCCCAUGCCGUAUUGUUGGUGAGGAGAAAACGACGGUCGGCCUUCGUAAUGAACGUGGCGAUGCAACCUUGAAUGGGAGCAUCACGAGUGACGAACGAGAGGAAGGCAGGGGCAAGGACCGUCGCGUCCGCAUCCAACUGCCAGAGGACGCGACGGGCAAAGACAUGGCGCCGCCCCGUAACUCACGGUCAGAGCUGCAAGAUAACGCAGAACUUGGUUCUCCUGGCAGCGGCCCGUCUACCCCUGCGAGGACCACAAAGCACAGCCGGCAGCGUUACCCCUCUCACACCCACCGGCAUCACCUCCACCAUCACAGUCAUCAAAGUGACACUCCAAAAGGGCAGGGCGGAUCGCAGCCGCCGAUCAGCCGGCACCGCCGCAGCCACAGUGUCAAGAAACGGAAGCCAGCGAAGCAGCGCCGUCGAAGGCGUGGCCGCAGCUGCCGUCCCCGAGCGACCGGCGGCGGUGGUGGCCGGCACCGCUCACAGCACCACCGCAGCCAAAGCCGACACCACCGUGCCUCGCGUCCGCACCAGCACAACACAAAAGCAACGAGGAGCACGCGGCGAAGACGGCGGCGUCAGCGCAACGCAGCGGCGACAGCAGCAGCGGCAGCGGAAGCAGCAGCGAACAAUGACGGUGGUGCGAGGGCCCGCAACGGCACCGGUAACUAUUCCUCCUCCUCUCUCAACGUUCGUCUUGGUGCUGCCUCUGGUGGGGCGGCAGUUGGUACGGGCCAUGGCGGCACGUACUUCUAUCAGACGCCCACCUAUGAGGCGAUCAAGAACACAACGCCGGUCCUGAGCGUGCAGCACGUGGCACCGGCUCCAGUGCCUUUCCAGCUUGGCGGCAGACUCGCGCCACUUCAGAAGGGCGGUACACCUGCGUCCUCGGCGUCGCCUGUGGUGAGUUCCACCAUCCCACGCUACCCGUCAAGGGACAUUCACGGAAACACCGGACAAGAUGCAAGUACAUCUUCUGGUCAGCCUUCGCCGAAUCGUAAUGCCGGUGACAAUGCAGCAGCUUUUAGGAUGCUUCCCACGGCUUGCGACAGCACAAGUAAUAAUGAUAGUGGUCGCGGCAACUGUGGCGGCACCGAAAGCGCAGUUGCGGCUGCCCCACCACUCCUGUCACCCUCCACAUUGUCGUGGAAUGCGGUCCACGGAAGAAAUACGACCACGGCGACGGCGGCUCCGCCUCCCUCACUUCCGUCUCCGUCCAGUGCAGCCGCCGGUGGGGGCAACAGCACCCCAGCAACUGCCGUCCCACCCGCAAACCCCGACGAAGGGGACGGGCUCUACUGGUGGCAGCUCACGCCGGAGGCACGGCAGCAGCAGCUGCGGCGCAUGCAACAACACGAGCAGCGCCAGCAGCAACAGCACUGCAGCACCGUCACCGCUACCGCCACCGGAGAGCCCUCUCAAGCGGCGCCCGAUGGGGAGGAGGUCGCUGACGAGGCCGCCUUGCGCGAAUGGGACGCGCUGGAGGCUUCUUUUGGCUGGUCUGCGGGAGCUGGCGGGGCCGAAGAUGAAGAAGACACGGAGGACGAUGACGACGACGACAGUUCCCAGAGCGACGCGGAGGACGACAGCCAGGGCAGCUCGUCGAAUACCCCGAGCGAAGCAAGCGCUAUAACGGUAACGGAUAGCAGUAGCAAUCCCACGGAGGUGUUGGAUCUGCGGGCGUGGCACAGCCGUGCUGCUUCGAGUCGUUUGCCCUCGCACCAUCGUCGUCGUUCUUUGAACAGUAGCCGCCGAAGAAGUUAUGAGAGGCAACGACACAGAAGCCGUGACAACUCUCUCACAGCGUCCUCGGGCGGCACCGGUACCUCUCCGCCAUCUUCCGCCACGUCUCAGAGUUCCCGUCUCACCCCGCAGACCAGCGAUGUCAGCAACGACGUGGUGUCGGCCAGACACCAAGACGAUAGCCGCGCACAGAGUCGCCAAGAGUCAACGAACCAUGGAAACAUCGAUGGUGAGUCAGUAGUGCGGAGCUGCCCUCAUCGCAAUGGUGUCAAGAGUGGCGGUAGCCAUCACCGAGGACGACCAGCAUCGCUGUCGUCGUUCUCACGCCUGUCUAUGCAGGCAGGUCAUCAGCUUUCCAAGACACUGGCAAAGCGCUACGAGGGCAUCGAGGAGGCGAUGAUCAUCACCCGCUCCAAGAGCGUUCUCAUUCACACGCUGGAGUGUCAGACCUACGCACAUUUGCCGCGACUGCUGGCUGCUGCAGCGGCGCAACGGCAGCGGCGAGUGACGUUGGCGGCUCGCGUGGCGGUCACCGCUGACGCAGCAUCCUCAGGCGUUGACGAAGGCAGCACCCGCGUCUCUGGUGCCUCAGCAAGGCCGGUACUGCUUCUCGGAAGCGAGCGAUCUCCGGUCCCCUCUCCCCCUGCCGCAGCCGCGACCAAGUCUACGCUGCCCUCGUCGCUCAGCAACUCUUACACGACCAAUGCUGGGGUAGCCUUUGCCGUUCCCGCCUCCCCGCUGCACCAGCUGGCGCGCAUCUCCAGCGCCACCGCACUGGCGGAUGGUGUGGUGCUGCACAGCCAAAACAGUCCGUACCCAACCUUCACGGUUCAGCCGACGUUGGUAUCGGGUGGUUUCGUGUCGGCGUCGCACGACGGGCAGCAGCAGCAGCAGCAGGCCCAACACUUCUCUGUGAGUGGCGGUGACCCUUCUGUUUCCCAUCCGCAGCUGGUGAUCAACGCGGUCAGUGCUGACGAUCGCAGUUUACCACGUCUGAGCACGGGCGAGCACGGCAGCAGCGCCCACGAAAACGACGACGAGUUGGAUGAGGAGGAGGAGCCGCUCGCCCCCGUAUCGUGGAAGUUUGCGUACUUUAUGUCGCGCCGCGAAGCUCGUCGAGCCACCAUCACUUUGCAGGAUCUGCUAGAAGGGAUGUGGUUGGUGUGCUUCCGCAGCACGGGACGCACCCAUCCUAUACGCUUUACGCGUAGAAUGCAAGUGGUCGUGUACCCACCGCUGAAAACGGCCGAGGAAGAGGCGGAAGAAGAGGUAGAAGGAGGUGAAGGAGGUGGCGCCGCUGCUGCCACUGCAGCGACAACAACAGCUACGGUCGCCGCCGUGUCAGCCAUCCACCAGUCGCGGCUAUCACUCGCCGUGGCCCGCGCCGUACCGUUUGAGCCCAACGGACGUACUGGUGCUCUGCCGUCGACGGCCACCGCCCCGCCACUGCCGUUUCACGUCCUGCAGGGUGGAGCGCAGCUAGUGGUGCAUCAGUUCCCACCCAUGAAGGUGCAGCGACGUAGCACCUUCGCGGUACCAGGCGGGCCCAUCAGCACCGCAGCAACAUACACGACGACAUCGACGACAACGACAACGAACGCCAGUGCAGCUGCAACGGAUGGCACGUCAGCGCAACGCGCGGCGGCCGCUGAAGCGGAGCGACGCUUCUUGGCAGAGCCGCAGGCCUCACUGCGUCGCCUGCGGCUGCGCAUGCUGACGAUGGAUGACGAGGACGAGAACGACGGCUCAGCCGCGCCAGGCACAGCACAGGUAGACGGAGAAGCGGACUCUGCGAAGCGCAGUUCUGUUGAUGACAACGAGAAUUUCCGUGCGUGGCGCGACACACACGACGCGGCUGAUGUAACGCAAGCAAGCGUGCGACGCUUCAUCGCGCAGCAGCUCGGGUUCGCAGGGGCGUACGUGGUCGAUGUGCUGGGUCCUUCCAGCGAGAGAGGUACCGCCGCUGUCUACGGCGUUGGAAAGGGCCCUCACUCAGGAGGGCUGGAAGCCGGCAACAGUUUCUCUCCUGAAAGAAAGGACGCAACGUUGCGUAAAAACUGGAAAGGCCGAAAGCGACACCUUUUUAUUGGUCCGCCCACGCUGAAGGAGUUUGAAGCGCAGCAGCGACAAGAGGCGUGUUUUACGCCGGGUGGGGUUGCCGACGUACUCGACGACUGGGGCUGGACCAUCACAGGCCAUCAUGUGAAGAUCUUCUCCCUGGACGUCACUGCGCCACUGUACGUGGAGCGGCUCCAGAGAGUUGUCGAUGUGGAAGUGAUGGGGCGGAGCCACUGUGAAUCGCGUGCUGCGAGACGCGUUUAA